UGAUUGGUUAUAUAACUUAUGAAUUCCAACUGUUCCGCCAUUGCGCUCCUGUUACUCCAAUUUUGAGUAUAGAUUUGAAUUGAAAUGAAACGAGCAUGCAUCCGGAUAAGCUUUUAGUCGCUUUAGACUUUGGGAACAGAGUAGAAAUGGAGGAGAAGCUGUCCAGAGUUGCUCGGACUCUCAAUCCUUCCCCCAUUCAACAGAUAUCACUCCUUGCCCAGUCAUCCAAUGCAAUCAACCUUGCCGAGGGCUUUCCAGAUUUUCCUGCACCUCCGCAUAUCAAAGAUGCAGCCAUUUCAGCUAUUAACUCCGACUUCAACCAGUACAGGCAUGUGCAGGGAAUUUGUGACUGCUUGGCAAUAAAGAUGAAGAAAGAGCAUGGUCUGGAUGUAGACGCUCUUACUGAUAUUGCUAUUUGCUGUGGUCAGACUGAGGCCUUUGCAGCUGCGGUGUUGGCCACAAUAGAUCGAGGCGAUGAAGUUUUGCUUUUCGAUCCUUCCUAUGAAACAUAUGAAACUUGUAUCGCUUUGGCUGGAGGUGUCCCAGUCCGUGUUCCUCUGGAUCCACCUCACUGGACUUUAGAUCCAGACAAACUCAUGAAGGCUGCUACAGAUAGAACGAAGGCUAUAGUAUUGAACAGUCCCCAGAAUCCAACUGGAAAAGUUUUUAGCAAAGACGAGCUUGAAGCCAUUGCUGGAGCUUGCUGUGACAUGGAUUGGUUAGCUAUAACAGAUGAGGUAUACGAGCAUAUAACUUUUGACAUGGAAAAACAUACAUCCCUUGCCUCUCUUCCUGGAAUGCAAGAGCGGACCAUUAUCACUUCAUCAUUAUCUAAAACUUUUAGUGUUACAGGUUGGAGACUUGGAUGGGCCAUUGCUCCAGCCUGCAUUGCCUCUGCAAUCAGAAACAUUCAUAUAAAAAUCACAGAUUCUGCUCCUGCACCUUUCCAAGAAGCUGCUGUAACUGCUUUAAGAAGUCCGUCAACAUACUUUGAAUCCUUGAGAAGAGAGUAUGAAGUAAAGCGGGACUACAUUGUCAAGAUGCUGGUUGGGCUUGGUUUCCAGAUACAUUUCAAACCCCAGGGCUCGAUUUUUGUGUUUGCAGAGCUUCCCAAGAAGUGCCUACUUUCUGAUAUUGAUUUCGCUUCAGAACUAAUAAAACAAACAGGGGUGGCAGCUGUACCUGGAUGUGGAUUUUUCCAUAAGAAUUUGCAUUCAAAUGAAUUAUCUGAGGAUAAUCAAUCAUAUCAGAAUAGAUACAUUAGGUUUGCUUUCUGCAAAAGUGAUGCUACCUUGAGAGAUGCUGCAGAAAAAAUGGGUGAGUUUGUGGAUCACAACGGGCAUCUCAAGCUCUUUCAUUCUCUUUGAUUCCUUAUUUUUCCUUUUUGAAAAGUCUCUUUGGUUCCACUGAAGGACAAAGAUAGUCUCUUUGACUCUUAUAUGACAAUUUGUUCCUUGAAGCACAUAUGAAAUUUACCCUUUUUGUUUCUGUUUCACCUUUUA